CACAUUACCAAGAUGUCUUUCCUUACUUCGCUCCGCAUGAGCUCCGGUCGCCUUGUGCAGUCCAGCUAUGCGAUCCCGGCAACCUCGGCAUUCCACACGACAGCCAUGCAGAGAGGCCUGAAGGAAAACGAUCACAACCGCGACAACCUUGCGCAUCACUACGAGUCCGAAAAGCAUAUUCACGUAAAGAAGGCUCAGGAUGGUACGGCAAAGUGGACGGAAGUUCUGGCGAGCAACAGUGAAGCUGAUGUCAAGGCGGAUCGAGGUGAUCUCGAUGCUGAUGACAAGGACUUCCAACAGAUGCAGGAGCAAUUAAAAAAGGGCAGAGAGGCAGCAAAGUCAUCUUGAUCGGAUGAACACAGUCGAACCUGUUGAUGGCGUCUAGGAGCAUCUAUGAGAAACUUGAUAAUGCAUUCAUC